AUGCCAGUUCCCAAAAUUCCAGACUUACCUACCACGAUGUAUUCGAAGCUGAAGGCAGAACUGGCAUCAGAUGGCCCCGUGGAAACAUCAAUCAAGGAAACGGAUGAGGCUGGUGAUGCAACAAUGAAGGAUGCUAAAGAGUGGAGGGAGACAGAGAAGGAGUUGCAACAAGCCACAGAGGAUUUGGGCAAAGCAUCACACAAGGCCGCGAAAGAUCUACAACAGGGCACAAAGCAGUUGCAGAAGGGAAGAUCACGCGCUGCACAGAAAAUCGAGCAGGAGUUGGAUCGAGAAGACGACAACCGCGAUACCUGA